AUGGCUCAGCUCCUGAACAGCAUACUCACUGUGAUUGAGGUGUUCCAGAAACAUGCUAAAGAGAAUGGGAACUGUACCUCGCUGUGCAAGAAGGAGUUGAAGCAGCUGCUCUUGGUUGAGUUUGGAGACAUCCUCCGGAGACCAAAUGACCCAGACACUGUGGAAACCAUCCUGAGCCUCUUGGAUAAAGACAGAAAUGGACAUGUUGAUUUUCAUGAAUAUCUCUUGUUGGUGUUUCAAUUGGCUCAAGCCUGCUAUCAUAAACUGAAUAAUAAGUCAUGUGGAGAUAGCAUCUCUCAGCAAGAAGAGGAGCAGGAGGGAACACAAGACCAUAAGUUUCCAGAAAAUAGAGGCAGACAACGCAGGCAGAGGCAUGAGGGAGAAAGGCAGGACUCCCACUGCACUCAAGGUCAGUCUGAGAGACAGGAUAGGGACUCCCACUGUGGUCAGUCUGAGCGACAGGAUAGGGACUCCCACAGAGGUCAGUCUGAGACACAGGAUAGGGACUCCCACAGAGGUCAGUCUGAGACACAGGAUAGGGACUCCCACUGUGGUCAGUCUGAGAGACAGGACAGGAACUCCCAUUGUGAUCAAUCUGAAAGACAGGAUAGGGACUCCAAUUAUGGUCAAAGAUGGAGUCAUAAAUCUAGCAGUAGCCAGCCUAAAAAACAAGGAUAUAUCUUUGCCUUAAAUCAAUGUGAGAGACAAGUUCACAAUUCUUGUUAUGGCCAGACAAAUCAACAGGAAUCAGGCUCUUGCUAUGGACAGUCUGGGAGGCUGGAUCAGAAAUCAGGCUUUGGUCAGAGAAAUAGGCAAGAAUUGGACUUUCAAUAUGGCCAGACAGACAGGCAAGGCCAGAGUUCUCAGUAUGGCCAGACAGACAGGCAAGGCCAGAGUUCUCAGUAUGGCCAGACAGACAGACAAGGCCAGAGUUCCCAGUAUGGUCAGACAGACAGACAAGGCCAGAUUUCCCACUAUGGCCAGACAGACAGACAAGGCCAGAGUUCCCACUAUGGUCAGAUAGACAGACAAGGCCAGAAUUCUCAGUAUGACCAGACAGACAGACAAGGCCAGAGUUCUCAGUAUGGUCAGACAGACAGACAAGGCCAGAGUUCCCACUAUGGCCAGAUAGACAGACAAGUCCAGAGUUCUCAGCGUGGUCAGACAGACAGACAAGGCCAGAGUUCUCAGCAUGGUCAGACAGAGAGACAAGGCCAGAGUUCCCACUAUGGCCAGAGAGACAGACAAGGUCAGAGUUCUCAGUAUGGUCAGACAGACAGACAAGGCCAGAGUUCCCACUAUGGCCAGACAGACAGACAAGGCCAGAGUUCCCACUAUGGCCAGACAGACAGACAAAGCCAGAGUUCCCACUACGUCCAGACAAACAGACAAGGCCAGAAUUCUCAGUAUGGCCAGACAGACAGACAAGCCCAGAGUUCUCAGUAUGACCAGACAGACAGAGAAGGUCAGAGUUCUCACUAUGGCCCAACAGACAGAGCAGGCCAGAGUUCCCACUAUGGCCAGAUAGACAGACAAGGCCUGAGUUCUCAUUACAGUCAGACAAACAGAGAAGGCCAGGGUUAUUGUUCUGGCCAGACAGACAGAGAAGGCCACAGUUAUCAUUAUGGUCAGACAGACAGACAAGGGCUGAAUUCUCACCAUGGUCAGUCAGAGAUUCGGGAAACAGAGCAAAAUAGUUACUUUCAAGGGAGUGAGGAAACAAGCAGAGACUCAUAUGUUGAGCAAUCAGGAAGGUCAGGGAGACUAAGUCAACAGACUCAAGGACAAGAAGUGACUCGAAAUCAGGGGCAAAGAUUCCAGUCUAGGGAAGGGCAGCAGAACAGCCACCAGGCAUGGGAGCCUGAGGAAGAUAGUCAACACCACCAACACAAACUCAUAGCACAAAUCAAGCAAGAAGGGCCACAUAGUUAUAAGGAAGGUGAAUGGCAAUCAUGUAGUGGUGAGCAGGACCACAGACAGAUGCAGGCCAGGCAUGGAGAGAGGCAGAGCCACCAGGCAGCGGGAGAGCAGGCCUGCCGAAGCUGGGGCAGACAUGGUUGUGAGGGCCGGGAAACUCCAUGCAAGAUGCAGGCCAGGCAAACCCAUGAGGAGGAACAAGGCAAUCAGAGACAGGACAGGCAAACCCACGAAGAUGAGCAGACCCGUCAGCGACGAGACAGGCAAACCCACGAAGAUGAGCAGACCCGUCAGCGACGAGACAGGCAAACCCACGAAGAUGAGCAGACCCGUCAUGGUGAGCAGGACCACAGACAGAUGCAGGCCAGGCAUGGAGAGAGGCAGAGCCACCAGGCAGCGGGAGAGCAGGCCUGCCGAAGCUGGGGCAGACAUGGUUGUGAGGGCCGGGAAACUCCAUGCAAGAUGCAGGCCAGGCAAACCCAUGAGGAGGAACAAGGCAAUCAGAGACAGGACAGGCAAACCCACGAAGAUGAGCAGACCCGUCAGCGACGAGACAGGCAAACCCACGAAGAUGAGCAGACCCGUCAGCGACGAGACAGGCAAACCCACGAAGAUGAGCAGACCCGUCAGCGACGAGACAGGCAAACCCACGAAGGUGAGCAGACUCGUCAGCGACGAGACAGGCAAACCCACGAAGGUGAGCAGACUCGUCAGCGACGAGACAGGCAAACCCACGAAGGUGACCAGACCCGUCAGCAACGAAACAGGCAAACCCACAAAGAGAAUCAAAACUGUCAGCGACAAUGGGAUAGGCAAACCCUUGAGGAGGAAGAAAGGUAUCAAGGGUCCCAGGAUCAACAACCUUAUGGGAUCCAGCAGCAAGAUUGUGAUUUACUUGAACUUGAAGGAAGGGAAAAAAUGUCUCCACUUCUGAGAAGCAUCUUCGACAUUACUGAAAUUUUCAAUCAAUAUGCCUCACAUGAUUGUGAUGGGGCAGCAAUAAGCAAGAAAGACCUGAAGAACCUCCUUGAAAGGGAAUUUGGAGAUGUCCUUCGGAGACCACAUGACCCUGAGACAGUAGAUCUGACCCUGGAACUUCUGGAUCGAGACUGUAACGGGCUCGUUGAUUUCAAUGAAUUCCUCCUGUUCGUUUUCAAGGUAGCUCAAGCUUGUUACUACGCUCUCAGCCAGGCUUCCGGGCUGGAUGAGAAGGGGGCCAGGUGUGAGAGAAAGGAGAACUCGUUACAAGAUCCCAGGCAAGAAGACGAGAGGAAAUUUGAGUCCCGGGACAGGCACCUAGAAGAUCACUGGCAGAAAAGGCAGGAACUGGAGCGGGAGAUCGCGGAGGGAGACAAGCAGCGGCUGCAGAGGCGAGAACUAGAAGAGCGCCUGCAGGAGGAAGAGCGGCUGAAGAGGCACAAGGGUCGGGAGCCUGAGAAAUUUCCUGACGGAGAGCAAAGGCAAGAAAGGCGGGAGCAGCGCGAGCUCCAGGAAGAGGAGCAGCUGCAAAGGCAGAAGCGGGAGCAAGAGGAGCCGCGCUUGGAGCAGGAGCUAAGGCGCGAGCAGGAGGUGAGGCGCGGCGAGCAGCGCUUGGAGCAGGAACUGAGGCGCGAGCAGGAACUGAGGCGCGAGCAGGAGAGACGUGAGCAGGAGCUGAGGCGCGAGCAGGAGGUGAGGCGCGGCAAGCAGCGCUUGGAGCAGGAACUGAGGCGCGAGCAGGAACUGAGGCGCGAGCAGGAGAGACGUGAGCAGGAGCUAAGGCGCGGCGAGCAGCGCUUGGAGCAGGAACUGAGGCGCGAGCAGGAACUGAGGCGCGAUCAGGAGAGACGUGAGCAGGAGCUGAGGCGCGAGCAGGAGCUGCGCCGCCAGGAGCGCGACAGACAGUUCCGCGAGGAGGAACAGCUGCGCCGUCAGGAGCGCGACAGAAAGUUCCGCGAAGAGGAACAGCUGCGCCGCCAGGAGCGCGACAGAGAGUUCCGUGAGGAGGAGCAGCUCCUGCAGGAAAGGGAAGAACAGCUGCGCCGCCAGGAGCGCGACAGACAGUUCCGCGAGGAGGAACAGCUGCGCCGUCAGGAGCGCGACAGAAAGUUCCGCGAAGAGGAACAGCUGCGCCGCCAGGAGCGCGACAGAGAGUUCCGUGAGGAGGAGCAGCUCCUGCAGGAAAGGGAAGAACAGCUGCGCCGCCAGGAGCGCGACAGACAGUUCCGUGAGGAGGAGCAGCUGCGCCGCCAGGAGCGCGACAGACAGUUCCGUGAGGAGGAGCAGCUGCGCCGCCUAGAACGUGAGCAAAGGCUUCGCCAGGAGCGCGACAGAAAGUUCCAGGAGGAGGAACAAAGGCUGCGCCGCCGAGAACUAGAUGGUGCCCUCUCCCUCGAGGGGCAACUGAAGGACGCUGAGCAAGAGCAGUGCGUCCAGCAGGAGCGAGAAGAAAAGCGACACCGACAGGAGCGCGACAGGAAGUUCCUCGAGGAAGAAGAGCAACUGCCACGCGAAGAGCAGGAAGAGCUGAGGCGCUUGCAGGAGCGAGGCCAGCAGCACCCCGCGGAGGAGCAGUUUGCCAGGGAGAAGAGGCGUCGUCAGGAGCAAGAACUGCGGCAAGAAGAGCAGAGACGCCGCCUGGAGAGGGAGAGGAAAUUCCGGGAAGAACAGCUCCUACGCCAGCAGGAGGAAGAACAAAGGCACCGCGGGCAAGUCUCGGAAGACGGAGACAAGGGCCGUGGGCAGACUCUGGAGCCAGGCAAGAGUCAGUUUGCCAGUGUCCCGGUGCGCUCCAGCCCUCUCUAUGAAUAUAUCCAAGAGCAGAGGUCUCAGUACCGCCCUUAAGAGAUGCUGCCAAUAUCCCGACACCUGCCAAACCUUCCAGCCAAGGGAAAAGAAACACUGGUUACCACAUGACUCAAAUGUUUCUGGUUGUGGGAGAACUCUGAUUUUCCAAAAUCUUUUUUUUCCAAAAUCUUAAACUACACUCAUCUCAUGUACCUUGUACUCUUGCCUUUUAUUCUUCCUCAAGUAGUUCUUUACUUCAGGGUGUCUUUGCUCUUUGGUGCAGAUGUGGUGUGCAAUUUUUAAAAAUAUAAAUCAUUUAAUUUGUUUAACGGAGUUUUGUUUGGGGAACGUUUCUUUAUUGCUUUCAAAAGUAACAAGAAUAAUAGGAUUUAAGAUUCAAAAUAAUAGAGUCUGUUUGUUUUAAUGAUUGAUUCAUCUUGUGGAGAGUUUAGAUAUUUUUUAUGUUCCAGCUGGCAUUUUUUUCUUGAGCCUAAAUUACAUUAAUAUUUACCUCCAAACAGAUUCUCAUUUUCUUGUGGCAUAAUUAAUACAGAUCCUGCAAGGGGACUGAAUUUUUACAAUCAUUGAAUACUGCAGUGGGGAGUGACUUCUCCAGAAAAAAUUCCCUGUGAAAUCAGCUCCUAACUGGAAGAAAUAUGUUAUGAAGUUUUAUCUUCAAAACUUAAUUUGAAUUCGAUUUUUUCAUACUUCAUAAAAUCCCUGGAGGCAAAAGCAAGGUGUUUCCCAAACAACUCCAGAGCUCAAAUUUUAAAACUGUCUACCGUAGUCUGUAGUGCUCAGUUCUCCCCGCCCCCCCCCCAUUCUUUGAUUAAUUUGAGAAUAUUCCUACCUUUGUUCAUUUUAACCUAGAGGGAACAUGCUCAGGAUCCUGUAAACAUCUAUUUCACUCUAGAGCCAAUAAGAGAACAGCAUUUUGGGGGAGGGAAAGGGAAAAAUUUGUGAACAGAAGGGCAAGUUCCUAGAGGCCCUUAGAUGAGACCCAUCAGCUCACAAUCCUUUGAGACCUAUUGAUACUGCCUUGGAGACAUUCUUGUUGAAAUGAUUGGACUGUAUGAAAAAUAAAUG